CGCUAACAGAGGUUCGGCUCUGGGGCCCUAUUCUUGAAUCGUUUUCAUGAAACUCGCAUGCGAAUUAAUUCAAUGCUUUUCAAAUAGAAAGUCGCAUACGAAAAUCAUUAGGGCAGGCUCGAGAAUACGGUCCCUGGAACGCAGCCAAUUAAACAAAAGAAGAAUAAGAAGAACUAGAAGAAGUCGCUACAUCUCGUCGGUAGUCGGUAUGACGGGAAUCAUAACCUGAUUCCUGUCAACUUUAACGUUUAAUAUCUCGCGUCGCGGGGCAGAGCGACACUUUUUUCUGCCAACGUCUUGCGUUUCGUGUAAAAACGCCGUCGAUUGAGCAUAAUUUCAUCGAUAUUGAAGAUAAAACUUAUUCAUAUGGAUAAUAAUGGAUCAAAUAUAUAAGCUUUACGAUCGACAGGCAUCGCCAAAAAUUUGCAUAAAGGAUUACUUUCAACAAUAUAGCGAACUACUCAAGUCAUUGAUGUGUCACGAAGUUAGCAAACAAAGCGAGGAAAAGAUUUUUCAACUUAUGGAUACCGACCUCUCACAAGCAAGAAUUCUUUUAAUGAAACAAUAUUGCAGGUACCUUAUAUUACACAUAGAUAAUUUAACGUUGCCAAUGGAGGCUGCCAAUGCGGAGGAAAAGGAGAAACAAGGAUAUGUUCAAAUGCCUGAAACAAUCUCAGAUAAUGUUCCAUUGGAAACAAUUAAAGUGUUAAAGAUCUUAUCUAAGGAAACUUUACAAAAAUCAAAACAUCAAAAUGGCAUUCCUGUUAAACAUGACAAAUUAAAAUCAUCUGAUAACUCCGUAAAGCCAAGUGAGGAAUUUUUAGUUUAUGUCAGGGUAUAUGAACCAUUUAAAAGCCACUCUCGUCUUAAGUAUAAAAUAAGUGUCCCAGUUCUCAAACUUAAAAGCGUUAUAUCAAUAUUGGGAUGCCAGACUCUUUAUGAAUUACGACAGAAGAUAAUAUGUCAAUCUGAUUUGUCGAUUAUAAAGGAAAUUAGUGAAAAACCGAAUCAAAGACCCGGACCUAUGGCAAAGGAUGUCUAUCCCUCAGGAUUCUUCUAUAUUGAAGAUACAUUUUAUAACGAUACUAGUGUGCCAACAAACAUUGAUUACAGUAACAUCAUAUUGGAAUGGGCAACGAUUCGUGAUAUAGGUCCAUUUAAAGUUGCAACUAUGGACGCCCAGAUAAAUUCUCUUUAUGCAAGAUUUGGUUUUCCAUGGGUGUACCAGCAUCAGGGUUCCUGCGAACACUUGAUUGUACUAACUGAUGCCAGAUUGGUAACUGAUGACGAUGUAUUAAUAUCAUCUGCUUAUCCAAGAAUAGAAAGAAUAAGACCUAUUUCUGGAAAACACUGCAUCUAUUGCGGAAUAUUUAACGUGCAUUGGGUUGUAACGGAACACGAUAGAAUACCACAUGACAUAAGUUAUUUUUGUAAUAAAUGUUUUAUAUCUUAUAAUUACGUUGACGGUAAAAAAGUCGGAAAUUUUAAAGCAUACAGUUAUCCUUGUAUAUCGGAAUUAAUGACGAUAAUAAGACCUAGUAAACUAAGAUAAGACCUAAAAAUAGAAACAAGACCUAGAAAAUAUUGCAUAUAUGUAUACGGGAGUUGUAUGUGUUAUAAAUAUAUUUAGGAUA